AUGCCUCCGUCGCGCGCAGCACCGCUGACGAGCUCCUUCUCCGUCAGCGACGAGAACAAUGUCGUAGUAUGCCCGCUGCGAAACCACGACAGCUCGGCCUGUCGCAAGCGCUGCACCGGGGAGAAGCGUUUCCGGUCCAUGCAGGAGCACAUCCGCCGCGCCCAUCCUGAGCACUACAUCUCCAAGUUGCCGGCGACUGAGGAGAGCUUCAUGCUUAUGGUCAACACACCACCGCAAGAAAGACCCCCACCUCCACCUGCGACGACCUCAGCACCGCCCCAGCAGACGUACGACUAUGGCGGAAGCGAACACAACUCCUUCUUCGAGACCGACUUCGGGACGAAUCAUCUUCGCACAUCGGACGAAAUGCGCCGGCCGUCACUCUUACCCGCCGCGACUGCUGCGGCUGCCCUGGCCUCGUUACACAACCAUCGUGCCGAGUACGACUGGGACUCAGAUCCGGACGCAGCAUCCGAUCCCGAUUCAAAGAACUACAGGCCUCGCGCACGAUUCGCUCCGACCACCAUAGAACAACACAUCAAUGCCGAAGAACCUUACUACACAUCUACUUCCAUACAGCAAGAGCUGCUCCCCUCCUCCCUCGCACGAUCGCCUCCCGGGCGUUCCUCCACUCUCCCUCCUGGCGCUCACUCUCUCAAACCGAACAGACCCCGGAAGUCAUCUGUAGGACAGAAUGCUCGUAAGGGCAAACACGAGCGGCAGAAGUCCAAGGACUACUCGCGCAGGCUGAGCUACGACAGGAAAGCAUACUCGGCUGAGCCGGCAACCGCUGCGGCCAUUAUGGGUAAACGGUGGGAAGACUUGAUUGAUGCUGCUGCUUCAGCCACAGAAGAGGAUAGCCGAGAUCUCACGCCGGUUGGUGUCACACUCUGCUACGCUAUUCUAUCUAACAUGAACAGGUGCCACAGUCGCCAAACCAAUCCCCUCACAUGA